GUAUUUUAACACUGUAAUGGGGCUACAUUUUACCUUUCAUAGGUUAAAUCAGUUCCGAUACUCCAUCCAUCAAUAAUCAAUCCAUCAGUUGUCCAUGUCAUAAGGAUUUCUGUCAACUCAGUAACACGUCAUGCAGGGAAAGCUUGGUAAGACAUUAACUACAACAUGUGAAUGAUUUAGGGAAUCUGUAUAACAAUAACUGUAUGUAAUAUUGUGGAUGUGCCUAGGUGAGUCAGUGCAAUUCAGCCCACAGACUUUGAUCUGGACCUGUAGGAGAAAAAAUCAGCUACUUUUUCCGGUGAACUGGGAGGGGAGAGUAUUACUCACAAGUUAACUCUAGUUGUAUAAGAUGCAGACACAGAGGGGCGCAGGGGUGUUAGUGAUGGCAGUGUCUAGGUGGAUGUUAUAUACUGCAGUGCUGCUCCCUGUCCAGGGUUCUCCAACCCUCCCUGAUUGUCCUGAGCCCUGCUAUUGUCACAAGGGUCCUAUGCUUAAUUGCUCCUCCGUUGGCCUUUCCCUGGGCCAAAAACAUAUUCCAUCCACCGUAACUGAUCUGGAUCUAUCUCACAACCUGCUUAACUCCUUUAGCCCCUUGUGGCCAAGUUGGGGCCUUAAGAAUCUAUGGAUUGGACACAACAGUCUGAUUCACCUUUCUCUGUGUGUGGAGAGGACCUGGGGUAAACUGAGGGGAACGGCCCUCUCACACAGCAGAGGGAAGUGUGUGUCCUGGGCUCCUGCCCUGCAGCUGCUGUCUGCUGAAAACAACCAGCUAGAGAGGAUCCCUGAGGGCAUUGCAGGCUGCCAAUUCCUACUGGUGUUGCAGCUCUCCCACAAUAGGAUAUCUGACCUGCGAUCUGGAGACCUGAGCAGGAGCCCCCGUCUGAGAGAGAUCCACCUGCAGCACAACCGUAUCUCCAGCCUCAACCCACUGGCCCUCAGGGACCUGCCGGAGAUCAGGGUCCUGGAUCUGAGCUUCAACAUGUUGACCACUAUCCCUCCAUCAGCCUACCUGGCGCUGCGCAACCUAAAUGCCCUAGUGGAGGUGAGUGGGAACAAGUGGAGGUGUGACUGCAACCUACGCAGCUUGAGACGGUGGAUGAUCUACGACAGAGACAUGGACCAGCAACAGAGCUGGAAGGGUGUAGUGUGUUCCCACCCCUCUGUCCACUCAGGUAGAGACCUGUUACACCUGGAGGACAGUGACCUCACAUGCUCUACUGCUGAGAAUAGGGCAGGGCUCCACCAGGAUGUGACAGUGGAUGAAGGGACAGACAUCCUGCUGCCCUGUAGCUCUCCAAACCAAGAUUCAACAUGGUGGACACCUAAUGGACAGGUUCCUGGAAGCCAGAACGGCUUGCUGAUCAGUGACAUUGCAGAGAAAGACACAGGACUAUACGUGUGUGUCUCGGGGCCAGACGAGGAGACUGUGUCUGUAUUCGACCUGCACGUCCACAAGACACCAAGAAAAACCAGAGGCACCAGAAGUUUAUAUGUGGAGCAGCUACAGAUGAACCCUGAGUUGGGCAGACUCCAGAGGGGAGGUCAGAAGACAGACCUCCAAAGGGCCACCCAGAGGACACAGUCUGAACUGGAUCUGGCAGUCUGUCUGUCUGUGUUCAUCACCUUAGUAGUAGCAUUUAUACUAGGUGCUCUGGCCAGACCUCUGCUGGACGUUCUAUGGGGGAGAUACUGUAAGUGCUGUGAAUGUACAAGAAAAAGCCCCAUCGAAGCUCAGUCCGUCACCUCUGCUGGACGAGGUCCCCACGACAACAAUGCCUAUUCAGAUGAGGAGGAGGGGGAAGAAGUAGGGACACACAGGGAGAGGAGAGUGACAUUUAGUGGCCAUCCUUCAGAAUUAAGGGAUCAAAAUAGUGUUCCAUACUAUGAUACUAUGGCCACUGGCAGACAGGGCAACCAGGCUGGGGAAUAUGGUGCAUCAUAUAAUAAUUUUAAUGAGAGGGAUACCUUCCACACCUCCCUUGAGGUAAAUCGCCCACCGGACUCGGUCAGCUCAGGUAGCUCCCAACAGGACAAUCAAGUGGAGACAGACACUCACAGUGGAGACCCCUCUAAUGUCUCUUUGAGAAAACCACCAGGCGGUGCUAACCCAGUCCAUACCGAUGAUGUGGAGUUUGAACCCAUUCCUGACCCAGAUGAGUGGCAGAGAAGUCGAAGCUUGUCUGUGUCGUCACACUCUGACCAGGAAAGGUCAGAUAGGGGUCAGGAUAUUGACUGUCCCACAAAAAACUUGGCCCAGAAUAAUCCCCAGGAGUCUCAUUUCACACUGAAGGAAGGUGACACAACUAAGCAGAGUUUAGAUUUCCCUAUGGUGAAAGUAAUCAACAGUGGAAGUGUGGAUGAAAUCUCCAAAUAUACCAUUGAGUCCUCUAUUGAUUGGAAACAUAUCAUGGCAGAGGCCAACCUAUUGGAUCCUGAGCUAUGGAACGACAGUGGUGAGAGCUUUGAGUUUCCUGAUUCAAUCCGAAGUGCUUCGGCACGCUCCAGUAAUAAAGAUCUCUAUGGUUCUGCUCUGGUGGAUCAGUUGAGGAAGGAGUCUGAACAAGCUCGGAAUGAAAAACUGCUGGCGAAAGACCAGAGGGAGAAUGAUAAGUCUGGCUCCAGCAGCUCAUGUGACUGUGGGAAUGAACCCACAGAAUACGCUGUGAACGCACAGAUUGAUGAAGUGAAGGAGGUUUUCCCAGAUUCAGUGCUUACACAUGACAGCUGUCCAGACCCUGCUGCAAACCUCUAUUUCCAACAGGAUGUUAAGGAAGGAGUUUGUGUGGGUGAACUGAGAAUGGAAGUUCGAUGCUCUCCUGUGUUUUCACAGCACUCGUCUAGUGACAGCGGGGAUGAGCCCACAACCUACACAGUAAAUGGUAGCAGUGAGGAAGAGUGUGAUCAAGCUCAAAAGGAUUUAUCUCUCAGUCUUAGAUACAGAAAUGUGUCUUUUGCCCCACGGAAGGCUCUCAGUAUCGAGAUCUCCAAGGAAGGUAUUCAAUAUAUGCCAGAACCUGAGGCCAACAAGGAGCCUCUUACCCAUCCUUCAGUGCCUUCAGACAGGGCAUGGGUUGGAGACCCACCAGUUCCAGUCCACAUCCCCAGAUUUGGUAAGCGUCUGGAUAUUCAACCCCCUCGUGGAGCCAAAUCUGUUACCCAUAAAAAGUCACCACUCUUUGAAUCCUCUUCCAGCAGUGAGAGGGAAGAAGAAACUAUAGAAAACUCUGUGAAACUUAACAGAGAGGUCCCAGAUGUCUUACACAAGGACUCAUUUCUCAAUCUUGGAGACAUUAAUGUCUCUGUUGCCCCAAGAAAAGCUGUCAGUAUUGGUUUAUCCAAAGACGGUUUUCAAUAUCAACCAGAGAUGGAGACAAAGUCGAGUAGCUUGAAUCUCUCCUCUCACACUGCUAUCACCCCUAAGGAUCAGCUUCCCCAAUAUUCACUGCCAGAAGGGACAAUGGCUGAAGAGUCUCCAGUCUAUAUCCCCAGUUUCAGGAGACAUCUGGAUAUUCAGUCCCCCAAUGAGAUUCCACCUCCUACCGCAUGUUUACCCAGACCUGCUGGUUCAUCCUCUUCUAGCAGUGAGAGUGAAGAUGACACUGCAAUUAAACAAAAAAGACAAGAGGAAAAUGCUAAGGUCCUUGAUUCAUCUUUCAGUCUUGCAGGCAUUGAUGUUUCUUUUUCUCCAAGGAAAACUCUCAAUAUUGGCUUUUCCAAGGAGGGCAUUCACUAUCAAUCAGAGCCAAAUUCAACUGGCGUGGCCCUAACCUCAGAGAGUGUCAUUGGUAUAAAGGAGAACCUCCCAAAAUCUUCAAUUCCCUCAGAUGGGACAAGAGAGGAAGAGUCUCCAGUUCCAGUCUAUAUCCCCAGACUCAGGAGACGUCUGGAUAUUCAGUCCCCUCAGGAUACUCCACCUGCCAUCCCACAAACACCACCACCCUCUGAAUCACUUUAUUCCAGCAGUGAGAGUGAAGAUGAAACUACAAGGAACCGAAAAGGAGAACAGAAAGCUAAGAUCCCCAAUUCAUCUUUCAGUCUUGCAGGUAUUGAUGUCUCUUUGGCUCCAAGGAAAGCUCUCAAUAUUGGCAUUUCUGAGGACGGUAUUCAAUAUCAAUCAGACUCAGAUCAUCAGGGGACUACACCUGCUGCCCCAAGUUCACCCGGACCUGCUGGUUCAACCUCACCUAGUAGUGAAAGUGAGGAUGAGACGGAAAUGUAUCAAAGAAAAGAAGAGAGGGAAACAAAAGUCCCAGAAUCAUCUUUCAGUCUGUCAUGCUUAGAUGUCUCUUUUGCCCCAAGGAAAGCUCUGAAUAUUGGCUUCUCCGAGGAUGGUAUUCAAUAUCAGCCAGGACCUGAAACAAAGUCUACUGGUUUGGAUCUAACUACCCAAUUUGCCAUUAAUGCAAAGGUACCUCUUACCCAACCUUCACUGUCCUCAGAAAGGUUACAAGUUGGAGGCCCACCAGUUCCAGUCCACAUCCCCAGAUUUGGUAAGCGUCUGGAUAUUCAACCCCCUCGUGGAGCCAAAUCUGUUACCCAUAAAAAGUCACCACUCUUUGAAUCCUCUUCCAGCAGUGAGAGGGAAGAAGAAACUAUAGAAAACUCUGUGAAACUUAACAGAGAGGUCCCAGAUGUCUUACACAAGGACUCAUUUCUCAGUCUUGGGGACAUUAAUGUCUCUGUUGCCCCAAGAAAAGCUGUCAGUAUUGGUUUAUCCAAAGACGGUUUUCAAUAUCAACCAGAGAUGGAGACAAAGUCGAGUAGCUUGAAUCUCUCCUCUCACACUGCUAUCACCCCUAAGGAUCAGCUUCCCCAAUAUUCAUUGCCAGAAGGGACAAUGGCUGAAGAGUCUCCAGUCUAUAUCCCCAGUUUCAGGAGACAUCUGGAUAUUCAGUCCCCCAAUGAGAUUCCACCUCCUUCCGCAUGUUUACCCAGACCUGCUGGUUCAUCCUCUUCUAGCAGUGAGAGUGAAGAUGACACUGCAAUUAAACAAAAAAGACAAGAGGAAAAUGCUAUGGUCCUUGAUUCAUCUUUCAGUCUUGCAGGCAUUGAUGUUUCUUUUUCUCCAAGGAAAACUCUCAAUAUUGGCUUUUCCAAGGAGGGCAUUCACUAUCAAUCAGAGCCAAAUUCAACAGGCGUGGCCCUAACCUCAGAGAGUGUCAUUGGUAUAAAGGAGAACCUCCCAAAAUCUUCAAUUCCCUCAGAUGGGACAAGAGAGGAAGAGUCUCCAGUUCCAGUCUAUAUCCCCAGACUCAGGAGACGUCUGGAUAUUCAGUCCCCUCAGGAUACUCCACCUGCCAUCCCACAAACACCACCACCCUCUGAAUCACUUUAUUCCAGCAGUGAGAGUGAAGAUGAAACUACAAGGAACCGAAAAGGAGAACAGAAAGCUAAGAUCCCCAAUUCAUCUUUCAGUCUUGCAGGUAUUGAUGUCUCUUUGGCUCCAAGGAAAGCUCUCAAUAUUGGCAUUUCUGAGGACGGUAUUCAAUAUCAAUCAGACUCAGAUCAUCAGGGGACUACACCUGCUGCCCCAAGUUCACCCGGACCUGCUGGUUCAACCUCACCUAGUAGUGAAAGUGAGGAUGAGACGGAAAUGUAUCAAAGAAAAGAAGAGAGGGAAACAAAAGUCCCAGAAUCAUCUUUCAGUCUGUCAGGCUUAGAUAUCUCUUUUGCCCCAAGGAAAGCUCUGAAUAUUGGCUUCUCCAAGGAAAACUCUUAUCUCCCACAUCCAGAGGCUGAGUCAAGGUUGUCUGACCAAGGUCUCACCUCCCAGACUGCUAUCAACACAAAAUAUGAAGGCUUUAAAGACACCAAGAUCCUUCCCCAAGUGUUUUUACCAAAAACCUCAUUCUCCUCCUCUUCAUAUGGGAAGACAGCUGACGGGGCUACAACUCAACUCUUCUAUGUCCCUCAACAUAGGAAACGUCUGGAUAUUCAGCCCCCUCAGAAUGCUCCACCCGCUGCCCCACAAACACCACCACCCUCUGGUUCAUCCUCUUCCAGCAUUUUCCAUGGAAAUGAGACUGCAAUGCCAGAAAAAAAAGAAGAGGAUGAAGCUAGGCUUCCAGAUGUCACUUAUAAUCAUCCAUCUCUCAGUCCUGGAGACACAUCCAUUAAUAUCUCUUUUGCUAAAAAAAAAGAACUUAAUAUUGGCUUCGCCAAGGAGCAUUUACAAAGUCAGUCAACUACCUCAAAGGGUGGAGCCUUUCAGGAAGACGCCAAGCAAGUUCCAAAACUGUCUCUCCCCAAAACAUCACUCUCUUCCACUGCUUUCUCAGAAAGUGCAAGAGCUGAGGAGCUAACACUUCCACCUACCAAAUCAUCCUCUUCUAGCGGUGAGAGUGGAAAUGAGCCCACAGAACCGACAAAGAAACCAGGUAGAGACAUCCCAGAUUUUUCUCUCAGUCCUGGGGAGACACCAAUUAAAGUCUCCUUCACCCCAAGAAAAGCUCUUAAUAUUGGCCUUUACAACUCAACCAGUACCACAGAUGAGGUGGAUAGGAAGACCAAAGAAGAGGACCGUAGGAACAGGCCAGGGCUUGGGGGUUUGAAGGUCCUGUCAGAGAUGCGGCAAUGGGACACAAUGGACAGUUCUACAGAUGUUGCUUUUUCCCAAAGAAGAGCUCUCAAUAUCAAAUUUGACGCCUUAGACAACAGCACAGAUGAGGUGGCCCAGAGGGUCAGAACGGACUACAGCAGCCCCAUACAGGGUUACAUUGACAGAAAAGAAGGAGGCUUAGAGGAAGUAACCAAUCUCACUCCCAAAGUGUCUUUGCCCAAAACAUCACGCUUUUUCUCCACUCCCACUCCCAGCAAUGAAGCAAGGCUUAUACAGUCUCCACUCCAAAUUCCCCGCCAAAGGAGGCGUCUGGUGGUAGACAUUCAGCCCCCACUGGCUCCACCUGCUGCACAAGGGACACCACCAGCUUUUCCAGAGGGCGAUGAGGCCGCUGGAUCUGGUUGGAGGAGCAGGGGAGAGCAGGGGAAAGCAGUGGAUGGAUUUGGCUUUACCACACAGGCAGAGAAAGGAGAGAAGCACUAUAUGGGUUUGCUGACUGCUAAACCAUUUGGCUCAGCUCGUCAGUAUCAACGAAGCGUCGCCUCAGAGACCUUUAGAACCACACGACAUAGUGCGAUCUCUGAGCGGGAGGGUCCAGAAAAGGGCACCUCUACCUCAGACGCCACCCUCCACUUUGAGACACACAGGGAGGGAAGUGAGGCUUAAGAUGAACUACUUGUUUCAGUCUGUUUAAAAAAAGCAUAGCAGAUGACUAAUAGAUCACUUGGAGAAUUCUGAUUUCAUAUUUUAUUACAAAAUAACUUUUAUAACAUUAUCAUAUAAAACGUAUAAUUUGUGCUGUUAAACGGUAUAUCAUAAUAAUAACAGCUG